CAAUCGCUACUGGACGGCUAUAUAAUAACCAGCAGUGCAGUAGAAAUUCGCAGUUCUGCAGGCCGUCGAACGAAGCGCACCACAGAAUACAGCCGCCAUGAAGGCCUUCGUUGCAAUCACCCUCUUGUCAGCAGUCUCCCUAGGUUACGCUGGCUCGAAGGCAGACUUCGGCGGCAGCCUCGGCGCAGGACCUGUCGGAGCCAGCUCAGGUGCAGGUGUCGGACUGGGUGGAGUUUCACGAGGUGCUGGUGCAGGCGCUGGAGUUGGUCUAGGUUCUUCCGGCUCAGCCGGAUUUGGCGCUUUCGGGGCUGGAGCCGGAAGCUUCCCGAGCGGCCCUAGCUUUUCACUUGGUGGUUUCGGUGGCAGUCUUGGCUCUAGUGGCCCGAGCGGUGCCUCCUCCGUUGGUGUCGGCGUUUCCGGCGGCCCUGGAUCUGCCGGAAGUGGCGCUGGACCCUCAGGUAGCCGACGUGGCGUAUCCGGAGUUCUUCCCGGGGGAGGUUUCGUUGGUGGAUGGUUCCCUGUGGCUGUCCCAGGAUAUCACGGAUACGGCGAUGACUAUGGUUUAGGAUUCGCUGGCGUACCUUUCUUUGGCGGAUAUGGCUACGGUCCUGUCGGAGGCUACUGGGGUGGCUUCCCUGGCUAUGGCUAUGGUUACCCUGCCUACGGAUUUUCCUGGGCUCCUCAAGGAUUUGGAGGCUUUGGAGUGGUUCCGUCUGCUGCUGGUUCCUCUGGCUUUGGAGUCUCUUCAUCUGCUGCUGGUUCUCUCGGCAGCCGAGGUGCAGGUGCGAGCCUUGGUGGAGCAGCUGGAGCCGGAUCUAGGGGAGUUGUCGGUGCUAGAGGCGCUGGCCAACAAUCGCCCAAGCUGAACUAACAUCGCCAUCUCUGGACACUCAACUAGAGUCAAAUAAAAACCUGCGUUCUUCCAGACAAUUCGAUCCAACAGGAAGCUUCAGUGCAACAACUGGACUGUUCACCGGCUUACAUUUAAAUUACCAUGCAAUAAAUAAAACAGAUGUUU